UGCGAGCCGGUGCCCGGGCUGGGCUUCCGGCGCGGCAGCUACCGCUGCGUGUGCCGGCGCGGCUUCUACUUCCCCGACACGCGCGCGGGCGACCGCCACUUCAACGGCUCCGUCGUCGAGGAGGAGUUCGAGAAGCUCGUCUCAGGCCAGGCGAGCGCGUACUCCGUGCCGGGCGCCUUCGAGUGCCUGCCGUGCGCGGAGGGCUGCGAGGCGUGCCUGGACGAGCGGCCGUGCGUCGCGUCGCUCAACUGGGCGCUGCGCACGGCCAUCCUCACGCUCACGGGCCUCGCCGUGCUCUGCCUGCCGCCGGCCGCCGCAUUCACCUGGAAGUACGGACACGUCAAGGUUGUACGUGCGGCAAGCCCUGCUCUUCUGAGGUUCAUCGCUUUGGGAGCCUUCUUCAUCUACGGGACGGUGGCGGUGGCGUACCCCAACCCCAACGUGGUCACGUGCACGGCGCGCGUGUGGCUGCGGGAGAUCGGCUUCGUGCUCACCUACGGCGCGCUCAUGCUCAAGACGUGGAGGAUCUCGGUGAUCUUCCGCGUGCGCUCGGCCAAGGCCGUGCGCAUCUCGGACGCGGCGCUGCUGAGGCGCCUGGGCGCGCUGGUGGGCGCGGUGGGCGCGCUGCUGGCCGUGCGCACCCUGGUGGCGGCGCCGCGCGUCUACGUGGGGCGCACCGCCGAGGGCCUCAAGGCGCCGCUCUGCCGCGCCGACUGGUGGGACCACGCCUUCAGCGCG